CUUAUAUAUAUUGCUCGUGCGGUGUACAUAAAUUACUUCAGUUUUUUUUUUUUUUUUAUUUCAAAUGAUAAACGUUCAAAUGGCGUAUUAAGUUUCAUGGGCCACCGCAAACACGUCGUCCCAUAACAGUUGUGAACGAAACGCACGCGCCAGUCGACAUUCACGUCCGUGAUAUAUCGCAUGCACUAUCAGUGAUUCAUAUUCAGAAAAUAAGAGUUGUCUCUCUUCAGGCGCAAUGAAUUCUGCUGCUUAUACUCCUAGUGUACAUUACUGCAGCAGAGAUGAAUUAAAUGGAUCCUCAGAUAGGUUGGCUGCAACCCGAACAAGUAGGUCCCGCUCAAGAAUUUUGGUCCAGAAUCUUGGACUCUACUGAAGAUACAGACAGUAACAACGAUAAAUAUAGUACUGAAACUCUUCAAGGAGAAGAAGACGACGACGAUUAUUCGUUGCCGUUGGAUUGGAAAUUUGAUUUCUCUAUAGAAGAACAAGAAAUCAAAACAGCUAAUCUAUACGAAUACGGCUUAUUUACAAAUAUAGCCAGUACAUACAAUAUGAACAAAAUGCAAGCACAUUAUAUUGGCAAAUUUGGUGGGUGUCCAUGGAGGCAUGGAAAAAGUUAUGACCGUCAACCAAUUUGCGCCCUUCAUAAAGAGAUAGAAGACUUUUUUGCAUAUAUGUCAGCCACCCCAGAAGAGCACAGCAUGCGGCUUGAUGUACUAGAGCGUGUGACUAAUGUUAUUCAUGCUGAAUGGCCUAAAGCCAAAGUUGAAGUAUUUGGUAGUUUUCGAACUGGGUUAUAUCUUCCUACUAGUGACAUGGAUCUGGUAGUAAUAGGUGAGUGGGAUACAUUACCAUUGCAUUCACUUGCUCAAGCAUUACUUAAAAAUGGUGUAUGUAAUGAAAACAUACAAGUUCUUGAUAAGGCAUCAGUGCCAAUUGUCAAAAUGACAGAUAAGGCUACUGAUGUUAGAGUGGAUAUUAGUUUUAACAUGAAUAAUGGUGUUAAAUCAGCAGAAAUGAUAAAACACUAUAUGGAUGUUUUUCCUAUGCUUCCAAAACUUGUAUUGGUGCUAAAACAAUUCUUAGCCCAGAGGGACAUGAAUGAAGUGUUCUAUGGAGGCAUAUCUUCUUAUAGUUUGAUUCUUAUGGUUGUCAGUUUUUUACAGUUGCAUCCUAGGGGAGAUUUAAAUUACCCUACUGCCAAUUUAGGUGUAUUGCUAAUAGAGUUUUUUGAACUUUACGGCAAGAAAUUUAAUUAUAUGCAUACAGCUAUACGAGUGAAAGAUGGUGGACUAUAUAUAUCUAAAGAUGAAGUCCAAAAAGACAUGAUUGAUGGUCAUAGGCCAAGUAUUUUGUGUAUAGAAGAUCCAUUAACACCAGGAAACGAUAUUGGUCGUGGUUCUUAUGGUGCUCUUCAAGUAAAAAGUGUAUUUGAAUAUGCAUUUACUACAUUAAAAGCUGCUCUUGAUCCUCAAAUUGUUUCCUCUAGUUAUAGUAUACUUGGACGAAUAAUACGAGUAAAUGACAAAGUUAUUCUCUACCGACAGUGGGUUAGAGAUACUUAUGCCAUACAAAAUACUCAACGAGUGAUAAUUAAUAGUUAUUUGACCGCUAAUAAUAUUAGUAAUAAUGUUAGUGUGUCUACAAAUACCAGUAGUAGAGCUUCUACUAUAUCUUCUGGUUCUGGAUCAGCUGAAUCUGACUCUGAGAGUAGUAUAGAAAAAUUAAGUGACCCUGGUGAUCAUAAUGAUCAAAAUAGUAAUUACCAACCAAGACGUAAAAAUCCUCACUAUCAUAGACACAAUAGUUGGAAUAAUCAACAGCAUUAUCAAAUGAUCAAUCCUGGUAAUCACCCUCCUUCACGUACUCAAAGGAUAAUAUGCACUAGUCCGAUCAACAGUUAUCAACAACGUGGAUUCACAAAUAGCAAUAAUUUUAAUAAUUAUAAUAACCAUCAAAACUACCGACAAAAUACUGGCAAUAAACAUCAGUAUACAGGCAAUUAUCAACCACAUUUUGGUAAUUUUAUGCAUAAACGGCAAAGACGAAAAAAUCCCACACAAGAUGUAAGAUAAAACAUGCGUCCAAUCUUAAAACUUAAAAAUAAUAAAUGAGACAAAGUAAAUGAUAACUUAAUAUAUAAAAAAUAAAAUAACAAAAAAAA